UUCUGAUAUUCUUAAAUAUUUACGUUCUAUUUUAAAAAAAACACACAAACAUAAACAUCUACGUCUACAUCGAGAUAUUAUCAUGACACUAGCAGUGUUUGAACAAUUACAGGCCGGCGCCCUUGUUGGCCAGCAACCAAGCGAGCCCGCGCUAGUUAUCCGCCUAGUAUGCCUGACUUCGCUGCUCGCUCUAUAUUGUAUACUUGCAAUCGCCACAAUAGCCGCAAUCAUCUACCAACACACAGGCACCGCAGACACGCUUCUGUCCAAACGCUCAAUGCCACUUGUACUUUUCCAGGCCCUGGCCGCCCUGUUUGCCGGCACACUCAGUCUGCUUGCCACUGCGCUACAUCAAUACUCAUGUGCCAUUAAGCUUUGGACCAUCUACUUGGGCAUCAUUCCGUGGCUUACUGGAAUUACUGCACGUGCGGUGCAGCAAUGUGUGUUGCAUUGGGUCGAACAGAACCACAGACAUCACUCGCUGAACCUGGGCCAAAACUUAGUUUCCAUUGAUGUUCUGGCCAAUAACAACAAGCAGCAAUACAUCUCUACUGAGACCGAUAUCAUUUCUUCCUGCUAUACGAAUUCCCCACAUACAAAUCUGGUCAGGCCAGAUACAAGCCGUACGGUGGAUGCAUGGUCGAUGUUUGAUACCAAUAGUCCCGAGUCCUUGUCUGUGGACAGCCUACCGUAUGUUAUUGAAUCGGCCCAUGCAAUUGCGCUGCAUCGGUCUUGGUUUGCGAGACUGAUCGCCACACGGCUCCUCCUAUGGUCUCUGGUACUUGUCGUCGUGAUGCUGGCUCUAUUUGCGUCUGUUGUCACUUUUACCUUGCCUUAUUAUAAGUUUCCGCAGCAGCAGUCAUCCGUGCAAUCUGUUUGUCGUGACAAUGACAAGUGGGUGGUGUGGCCAGCCUAUGGCAUUGCUCUAUUCUGCUGCGCAGUAGUAUAUCCCGUGCUGGCUUUCAAAAUGUGGUCUUUCAAGGAUCCAUACGGAAUUCGCAAGGAUCUGUUUGUCUGCAUGGCGGCGGCGCAGCUGGCUGCGGUGCUUUUUGUCAUCUGGGUUACAGCCCUGGACGGUGUGCGCGAAUACAUAUCCGAGCUAUUCAUUGUAUGGGUUGCCGCGCUGGUAUCGCACAUAGUCUCUGUCUGCUGGCCUCUUUGGCGCUCGGUAAAGUACCAGAACCAUAUCCUAGAUGCCAAGGUGUCGCCUGUGGGACUGUCCAACUUAUUCCGGGGCAACAGGUUCCACCGCAGCAUCUACGUGUCCCUGUAUCGCGAUUUUAACCUGAUGAUCGAAGACGAAGAGCAGCGGAAUGCGUUCUUGAUGUUUGCCAAUACUUACUACCAUUCGGCCAUCCCAGCCUUUCUCGCGGAUUUCCAGAUGCUAAAAUACAAGACCAUCGAAGCACAGUAUCAAAAAAUGAUACUGUGCAGCUAUUCCCAGACCAGCAGUAUGUCCGUGGCCGAUAUAAUUGGUCUUAAUGACCGUGCUGCAGAUUCGAUUCCGAUUCGCCGGCUGGGCAGCCAGCUGGGAAUUCCCCGGACCACGGUUCAAAGGGCAGAUGACGCCCAGCGCCCGCAUGACAAUCAUCCUUUGGCAACUAAAGUGCCGAUAACCAAGGGCAUCCUCGAGUCGGCAAUGCUGGUUCUACCUUCAAACACCAUCAACCAAAGCACCGUGUUCCCAGAAGGCGUGAAAAGUGACUUUGCCAGUUUUAUCUCGACAUACUUUAGCAAAAACUCGUGCAUGUCUAUUAACAUACCGAGUGAGUUUGUUGAGCGAGUACACCAUGCUAUUGAGAACAAUAAUGUCGUGCUGUCUGUGCUCGACCAAGCCAAGGACGAGGUGAUGUUUUUGCUGUGCACUGAUGUCUAUGCUGGAUAUUGCAAGCGGUUGGAGACACAGAGUGGCGCCAAGGGAAGCCAGUAGCAAAAAAAAAACUCGAUUUCAUUUUUUGCUACAUGGCAUCUUUAUGUUAAACAUUUUUUAAAGCAAACAAAUCAAAC